AUGGGCGCCGCAUCACAAGCUCUCUACUUCCUCUUCCACCCAGUACAACUCCGCAGCAUUAUACAAUGGAAAGUAUGGCACGAUCCCGUGCACCGUCGCGACCCCAGCAAGGAGACCCCAACAGAGGCGUCCUGCUUCAGGUUCCUGAACAUGACCUCCCGCAGCUUCUCCGCCGUCAUACAGGAACUCAAUCCCGAGCUCCUGAUGCCCAUCACCCUCUUCUACCUCGUCUUGCGUGGUCUUGACACCAUCGAGGACGACAUGACCCUUGACAUCGACACCAAGGAGCCUCUGCUGCGCAACUUUCACCAAAAUAUGGAAAUCGAUGGCUGGACCUUCACCGGUAGCGGACCUCACGAGAAGGACCGCGAGCUACUCAUACACUUCGAUGAUGUGGUUGUCGAGCUCAAGAAGACCAAGGCGGAGUACCGCGACAUCAUCAAGAGCAUCACCGAAAAGAUGGGCAACGGUAUGGCAGACUUUGCACUCAACGGCGAGCUGAACAAGGAUGGCGUGACAUCCGUCAAAGACUAUGAGCUGUACUGCCACUAUGUUGCAGGUCUAGUCGGCGAGGGUCUGACCCGGCUGUUCGUCCAGUCCAACCUUGCCAACCCCGCGCUGAACGAACGGCCAGAGCUCACCGAAUCCAUGGGCCAAUUCCUGCAGAAGGUCAACAUAAUUCGCGAUAUUCGCGAGGACUUUGACGAGGGCAAGAAAUGGUGGCCAAAGGAGAUAUGGAGCAAGCAUGUCGACAAAAUGGAAGACCUUUUCAAGCCUGAGAAUCGGCAAAAGGCCCUCUACUGCGGAUCGGAGAUGGUUCUGAACGCGUUGAAACACGCCGACGAAUGCCUGUACUACAUGGCUGCCGUUAGGGAGCAGAGCGUCUUCAACUUUGUCGCCAUUCCUCAGUCAAUGGCGAUCGCAUCCUUGGAACUCGUCUUCAUGAACCCGGAUAUCUUCGAGAAAAACGUCAAGAUCACCAAAGGAGACGCGUGCCAACUGAUGAUCGAGUCGACGCAAAACCUCAGAGUUGUGAGUGAUGUCUUCCGACGUUAUAUUCGGAAGAUACAUCAAAAGGCCGACCCCAGAGACCCAAAUUUCCUGGCCAUCGGCAUCCAGUGCGGCAAGAUUGAGCAGUUCAUUGAGAGAAUAUUCCCCACCCAAGACAUCAACAAGAUGUCAGCUGCGGAGAAGGCCAAGGCAGUUCAGCGGGGACAAGAGGAAGCUGUGGACAAGACUGAGGCCCUGUACCUCAUCCUGGCCGUGCUCAUCGUCCUGGUGUUUGUUGGGGGUUUGAUGAUUGCGCUGGCGUGGUUCUUGGGUGCAAGGUUCGACAAAAUCACAGAGAACCUGGAGUGGUCCAAACUUUUCCCACCAAGCACGCCCGACCCACUGGUUGCGCCAGCGCCAGGUGGUGCGCCGAACAACGGUGGACAUGAGGAACUGUAA